CACCUCCUUUCCCCUACUCUUUCCCGCUUUGAGAAAAGCGAGGCGAGGAGGAAAAACUUUGGCACGGAUAACUUUUCGGCCGGCGCGCAGAGAGACGCGAAAUCUCUUGUUGCCGUGUUCUCCGUGGCCGCCGGGCUUGAGGGGCCAGUGUGCUGCGAUGUCCACACGAAGGGGUCGGGUACGCACAGCGUCUUCGACGAUGCCAUGAAGCUUCUGAGCUUCCGAAAAGUGACGCAGGGCACCGCCCUAGCCCUUUUUCUGGCCGCGUUCUACGCGGCAGUGCUGUUGCUCGGCUGGCCGCCCCUCCGCAUCGAGUUUCCAUCUUCGCCGUCGACGGCGGUGGCAGACGACGUGCUCGCAAGUCAAGAUGGCGGCGCCCUCCGUCGCAAAGGCGCUGGUGCUCCGAGCAAGCUGGUGUUCCUCAAGUCUGCGCCGGGCUUCCACGAAAAACCGUCGCGUGCUCCGACGAAACUGCAGAACGGACUGGAGUAUUCGGAUCAGGCCUCUGGCGAGGACUUAGGCGGUGAGGGAAGUGCUAAUAAUAACAGUAAUAACUACAAUAACAAUAGUAAUGCCAACAACGCAUCCGCGUUGGUGGAGCGGUCUUCUGGUGAACGGACGAGACUUGAGGAUGUGUUCUUGAGUGUCAAGACGACGCGGACUUUUCAUCGCAGUCGCCUAGAUGCCAUCCUCAAAACGUGGUUUGUGCUCGCUCGGGAACAGACCUAUUUCUUCUCGGAUUUCUCGGAUCCGCUGUAUCAAAUCAAGACAAAUGGGCAUCUGGUCAACACCAACUGUUCCGCCACGCAUAACAGGAAGGCCCUGUGCUGCAAGAUGUCGGUCGAGUUGGACUUCUUUCUCGACAGCAAUAAGAAGUGGAUGUGCCACUUCGACGAUGACAACUAUGUCAACGUACCGCGGCUGGUUCGGUUGCUCCAGGGUUACGACCCGAGGGAGGACUGGUACCUGGGCAAGCCGUCCAUCAGGCAGCCGCUGGAGAUCCUCGCUAGAGACUCCGGCUCACCUCCACAGAAGAAGAUAUCCUUCUGGUUUGCCACAGGGGGUGCAGGCUUCUGCAUCAGCCGGUCACUGGCGCUCAAGAUGCUCCCCAUAGCUGGGGGUGGCAAGUUCAUCAGCAUUGGCGAGCAUAUCCGGUUGCCUGACGACGUCACCAUGGGUUACAUCGUCGAACACCUGCUCAAGAAGAAGUUGACGGUUGUGGAGAACUUCCACUCCCACUUGGAGCCGAUGAAGUUCCUCAAGAAAGAAGCACUCAGCGAUCAGGUGACGUUCAGCUACUCGAGGUUCGGCAAGGAGAUGAACGUCCUGUCCAUUGACGGCUUCCCUUACAGGGUGGACCCUACCAGGUUCCUGUCCCUACACUGUCACCUAUUCCCCAACUUCAGCUUCUGCCCCAGAUAGCGGCGCAAGCGACAUCUAAUCUGCAUUUAAUGUGCCAACAGUCAUUUUACAAAUUAUACACUCCGGGCACCAGCGCAGAGCAGCGAGCGGGCCAAAAUGGCGCGGGUCAACCAGUCGCAGACGACCAGCCCUGGGAUUGCGUCCCAUUACAUCGUGGCGGAAAGAGAGCGCCUACAGCGCUCCCGAGCGGCGGAGAACACGGACAACAAAAUGCCAACGACGCCAGUCUGCAGUUUUCUUUUCUUUUUUUUUUUUGUCCUGCGUUUGAUCUACAGCAGCAGCAAGAGUCUGUAAUUUGGUCAUUGCUCUGAUGUUGCCGUUGAUGCUGCUGCCUCUUUUGCUGGGAGGACGGCCGACGUAUGGUUUUAAUUGCGUCGGGUUUAGAGGACCCGGUCAGGUCCGCCUGACAAAUUGCCCGUCGUUUGGAGUAUAUUCUGGGAACCCACGUUUUCUUAAUGAUAGUCAGGUUGAAUUACGUUGAUGAUGUAUAGUGUAGCCACCGAGCUUGUCUCUUGUGGAAGUGGCCUUUGAGCGCUAAAAGUUAUGAUGAUAGUUUUUUUUUUAUGUUCCAACAAAUUUGGUAGCAAUUUACUUGGCCAUGCAAUCGAAGAUGUUUGAAUUUGACCGCAUCUUUGAAAUUGCUGCUUUUGCAUUGAAGAUGCUAAUGUUUCACAAGUAAGCGCAAUCCUUGAAGCAAUAGAUGCGUAUAGAAUAAUUGGAACAAUGUGUACUUAUUCUGAAUGUGCAUGCACUCAGUCAGAAGGGCAGUGCAACUAAAAGCAAACUCGACAACAUAAUAAAGAGAACACAGUACUGUUUCAAUGUUUACAAUGAAUGUUAUAAAGUACGGCUUCACGAUGUUUGUGAUUGAAGUGUCUUCAAAGCAUGCAUCCGUUCGGCAUCUUUCAUUGUGCUGUUUCGAGGCAGUUAAUUUAUGAAUAAUCGCGUUGCAGUUUUCUUACCCACGAGUCUUGAAUUGUUUUAAGACACACACACAUUCAACCGGAGUAUUACAAACAAUCUUAUAUUUGGUAUUUGUGAGGAGCUCGAUGUCACAACCAUGGGUUGUUAUCAGUUUGGAAGAUCUCGUUUUCUUCAUCUGUUAAUCGAAAAGCUAUUCGCAAGAGAGCUGCUAGAAAGCUGGACGUUUAUGAGUUUACUAUCUUUUGCUUAACCACGAAUCAUAUCAAUUCAGUUUCGAGGCAGUUUUUAAUGUCCGAAAAUCUUUAUGUAGAUGAGGGCAUCUUGCGAAGUCUGAGUGUUUAUAAAGUACAAAAAGAUUGCAACCUAUAAUUCCUGUAGCCUUUUUGGGAAUACUACGAGUAGGUUGUAAAGAGCAUCUUCGUGAACCACGAGAAGUCCCUGCGUUCGUAUACAGGCUUGACGAAUCAUUAGGAUUUCCUGAUGGUCCAUCAAGGCUUCAGUGACAUCAUAGCGGGAAUUCCUGAUGAUUUGUCAGGGUUUUCUGUAAAAAAAAAUUUGUAGUUGGUCAAGUUGGUACAUCUUAGAUUCAAAGAGCUCCAAAACAAACAAGAAAAACGGGAAGAAUUGGACGAAACGAUGAGCUACUGUCAACUGAUUUUUUAUUUGGAAAAUGCGAGCAUACAUAUGGGCACUAGCAAGCGAACCACAUGCUCACAAGGCUGAGUGGUUUUCUUGGGAGUGAGCGAAUGGUUUGCUCGGGAGUGAAAAUAUAUGUUCGUCUUUUCCAAAUAAAAUUUCAGUUGACAGUAGCGCAUCGUUUCGUCCAAUUCUUCCUGUUGUCCUUGAUUUUUCGACCCUUUUCGAAUGUAGGGUUUUCUGGAUUGUUUCUUCAUGUCAUAGGAACCUCAUGGUUUGUCAGAAAUACCGGGUAGGUUUCCGAGCCGGUUUUGACGGUGAUAAGUCGGAAAUCGCUUAUAAACAACGUGAAGUUUUUGCCCCCAUGCCACAACGUUGAUGCUGAGAUUGAAUAAGCAGCUAUAUUUUAUUUUUUUAUUUUUCAAAGACCGCAUCCCAAGUGCCUUAGACAUCUAAUAGAUGGAAAUACUCUAAGUUCAGAUUGCGCAAUGUCUCGUCUUUUCGAUGUCAUUACUUUUUUUAAGUUCGCGUUUUGGACAGGUUUUAAAUAGUUUUAUUGUUAUUUUUUAUGAGGUGUCGGAACAGUUAUGCAGCUGUUUUUACCCACAAUGGCCGCAUGCAUGCCGCCAUUUUUUUAAAGGAGCUAUUGUAAAUUAAUUUGUACAUAUAUAUACUAGAAUACUUUUGUAAAGAAAAUAUAUAUUGUAAAGUGUACAUAACGCCGUUUAUUUCAUAUGUAUAUAAUUCGAAAAUCGAGAUUGAUUUUGGGUACUUUUGUACUCAAGAAGUGUUCUGUUGGUUUUCCUUUUACGGUAUAUUUUUUUUUUAUGGCUGUGCUGAUUGAAUAAUCGGCGAGCGUUGCGAAAUUGCGAAUAAAAUACAAAAUGUGGAAACUGA